AUGCCCAGAGGCUGCGCCCUCCUGCUCGCCUCGCUGCUCCUCGCCGCGGCCCUUUCAGCCACCCUGGGGCUCGGGUCGCCGGUGAAGGCAAAGAGAGGCUGGACCCUGAACAGUGCUGGCUACCUUCUCGGACCACAUGCCAUUGACAACCACAGAUCAUUUCACGACAAGCAUGGCUUCACUGGCAAGCGGGAACUCGAGCCUGAAGAUGAAGCCAGGCCAGGAAGCCUUGACAGGCGGCUGCUGGAGAACAAUGUCGUGCGCACGAUAAUCGAGUUUCUGACUUUCUUGCAGCUCAAAGACGCCGGGGCCCUGGAGCGCCGGCCCGGUCUCCCCGCAGCAGUGUCCUCAGAAGGCGUGGAGCAGCCCUAG